CGAAGAAGAAGAAGAAGUAAGAGAUGGUUUCCACGGACACAGCUGCCACCACCACUACCUUUAACUAUUCCUCUUCUCCUCAAUCUCAAUCUUCCCUUACUUUCUCUCCAUCUCCAUCUCCAUCUUCUCCUCCUCCUCCAACCCUUGUCGUCAGCCCCUGCGCCGCCUGUAAGAUCCUUCGCCGACGAUGUGUUGAGAAAUGCGUUCUCGCACCUUACUUCCCUCCCACUGAACCUCUCAAAUUCACCACUGCUCAUCGUGUCUUCGGCGCUAGUAACAUCAUCAAAUUCUUACAGGAACUCCCAGAAUCACAAAGAGCUGAUGCAGUAAGUAGCAUGGUUUAUGAAGCAAACGCAAGAAUUAGAGACCCAAUUUAUGGUUCUGCAGGUGCUAUUUGCCAGCUCCAGAAACAAGUUAGUGAUCUUCAAGCACAAUUGGCCAAAACCCAAGCAGAGCUAGUUAACAUGCAAUGCCAACACACCAAUCUUCUGGCUUUAAUUUAUAUGGAGAUGUCACAGUCUCAACCACAACAAGAACAACUCUCUCAAUCACCACCACUUCUGGACAGUUUCAUCAGUAGCCCACCUCACAUGAGCUACCAAAUUAGUAAUGGGAGCUUCUCUGAUGACAGCAACAACAACAAUCUAAACUCAUUUGUCUGGGAACCCCUCUGGACAUGAAUUUUCCGCCGCCACGGCCACCACCACCGCCGCCACUGCUACUGGCUUUGAAUUAGGAAUCAAAUUCUAUCUCCAAUCUCAAAGCUGAUGGAAGAGAAGACUAUUUGUAUUUGCAUACUUAGAAGAUAUUGAAAAAAGAGAAAACUAAUUUGUUUUAGUAGGGAGGAGAAGGAAGGGAUAGAGAGAGGGAGUUUAAUUUCAUGAAUAAAUCACAAGAAAACAAGUGAGACCCGGAAAGUAGUAGGAUCUUAUAUGUUGGGGGAGACAAAAGAAGCCAUCAAAUGAAGAUGUUUUGAUGGGUUUUUAGUUUUUUUGGCUUUCCUUUCAUGCAUGUAUUCUGCAAAUUAACUAAAGAAACUGAAGUAACUCUGUAUCUUCUCUAUUUUCA